CUUCGGGUGGCUUCAACACUCAUUCGUCCGAUGGUCCACAUGGAUGGGGAUGGACUUGGGACCCAAAGUAUGCCUGUCACCUUCAACGAUUGUAUUAACAGGGUACAAAGUUCAUAUUUUCAUUCAUUCACACGUUGGGGAUUCCCUUAUGUUGGUCUUGAUUAUUUAAUCACAGGGACUCUUCAUUAAUGGAGCUGACUAGAUGGCGCUGUUGUUUGUUUAUAUUUACCAGGGAAUCCCCCGUCAAAAAAGUCAAAUUAAUGGAUUAUUUUUAGCUGUGAAACAGAAAGUUGGAAAAAACAUAAUGAGUAAGGCAUUUACUUCGAAAGCAUCGACUACUAGUCGUGGUAGAGGACGAGGGACAAACUCGUCUAAUUCUGUUAGAGGGUCAAUCAUAAAUAGAGGAGAAAAACAGACAUCGAGUAAAAUUCCAGGUGUAGGUCAAUCAACUCCAAACCGCUUUAAUAAUUCAUCCAGAGGAACAGCAAGAAACAGAGGGUCCACAACUGCUAGAGGAGGUGGUGGAAGGGGACGUGGUGCCACCAUGUAUGACAAUGAUAAUGAUAUGUCUUUCAGUAGGCCUAGAGACGCUCGUAUGAGAGUUAAUAGUCAAAGUUAUCAGGCUGAUCAACAGCCAGAGGGUUCAACUAACAGGCCCAAUGGCAGCGAAACCAAUCAAGACAGAACUACACAUACAUCAGGUUUUACUAUGGUGUCACCGAAUGAGAAGAAACGAAGAGCAAUAACUGAGCGGCUGGGCGAUAUUAUUAACAAUAUAAAUUCCUAUACUGGUAUUUAUCCUGAUACUGAAGCUACGAAGAAUCUAGAAGAAUAUGAAAGGCACAAAGAAGAACAGAGAAUACAACAUGUAUCUUACGUAGGAACAGCAGGUGGAGGUCUUAUUUCUGAAGAGGAAGCCAGAAGGAAAGCUGCUAUUCAACAUUCUAAAGCUUCUUAUAAUAGUAGGACUAAGCGAGAGAGUUAUAGAGCAGCAGAGAAAGAAAAUGAAGAAAUGGUGUACAGGGAAAGAAAAAUGGCUGCUAGAAGACAGUCAGAGCUCAAUGAAGAGAAACGGAAGAAAGAAGAAGGUAGACAUAGAGAUGAAAUGAGAAGAAAAAAUGCAGCAUUUUUAGAUCGUUUGGAAGCAAAUAAACCUAAGCCUACUGCCCCCCAAAACAAUCAAGAUACAGAAGUUUCCAGAAGAGAUAUGCCAGUACCAAAAAGCAGUUCGGAGGCUAAAGGUUCUUCCCCGGUAACUCAAAACUAUGCAAAUGAUUCUGUAAAUGAGGAUAUAAAUAGGCUUCAAGUUAUGUUCCCCCAUUACACUAGAAAUGACCUCUCUGAUUUAUUACAACAAAUGGGUUCUCUUGAACUCACUGUUGAUAUUUUAAGUGAAUAAAUUUUUAAUAUGUC